AGUAUUGCAGACUAGGAGACUAAGCGAGGUGUAAACAUGGCGCUGUGUAGUAUCGUCUGAAGCUCCUCUCAAGGAAUUAUUACAUUCAAAGGAAAUAAGUGGUUAUUGAUACGGUUGUGUAGGUGUAAACGUUUGAUGAAAGAGGCAAGAUGUCGUCACGUUGUCAACAUUGUGGCUGUGGUGAUAUUGACAUUGAUCCUGCUCGUGGAGAUGCCGUCUGUACCUCUUGUGGUACAGUUCUGUCAGAACAUAAUAUAGUCAGUGAAGUUCAGUUUCUUGAAAAUUCUCAUGGAGGGAGUUCAGCUGUUGGUCAGUUUGUUGCCUCAGAUUCUGUUAGCAAACGGCCAAUGUUCAAAGGUUUUCAUGGAACCUUUGCCAGAGAAAGUAAAGAAAUUACACUUAAUAAUGCAAAAAAGAAGAUUAAUGCUCUUGCACAGCAGUUACGUCUCAAUCAACAUAGUAUUGAGACUUCGUUUAAUUUUUUUAAGUUGGGAUUAAACAAGGGUCUUACACGUGGCAGAAAAACGAAUCAUGUUAUUGGUGCUUGUGUAUAUAUUACUUGCAGAACAGAACGAACAGCUCAUAUGCUAAUUGAUGUUAGUGAUGCCCUGCAAAUUGAUGUUUACGAGCUUGGUCGGACAUACCUUAGAUUGUCAACAGCCUUGUGUAUCAAUAUUCCUGCAAUGGAUCCAUGUCUUUAUAUUUGUAGAUUUGCAUAUAAACUCUCGUUUGGUGAUAAAACACAUGAUGUAUCAGAAACGGCAUUACGGCUUGUAAAACGGAUGAAGCGUGACUGGAUGCAUACUGGUAGAAGACCAUCUGGGGUUUGUGGUGCAGCACUUGUGAUUGCUGCACGGCUCCAUAACUUCAAUCGCACCAUAACUGAUGUCAUAAAAGUUGUGAAGGUUCAUGAGUCAACAUUAAGAAAACGUUUGACAGAAUUUGGUGAGACCCCAUCAAGUGCCCUGACCUUAGAAGAGUUUAUGACUGUGGACUUAUCAGAGGAACAAGAUCCUCCAGCUUUUAGGGCAGCUAGAAAACGGGAAAGAGAAAGAGUUCAAAUGCUCUUGGAAGAGCAAGUAGAUUUGGAUGAUGAAUUAAGUGAACUUCAACAAGAAAUCGAGAAACAUUUGGAGGAAAGAAAAAGAAAACUGCGUGGUUUAUGGGCUAAAUAUGACAAAGAAGAGGAACAUGUUGAAGAAGAAUAUGUAGAACAGGAAAAUGCUGACACUCAAAAAUUUAUCACUGAAGCAACUUUAGAGUCAAUUAACAAUUGCCUUGAUGAAAUAUGUGAAGAAGAAGUAAAAAAGGAAAUUAAACCACAGGGAAUUGGGCCUUCUGCAGCAAGUCUUGGCUUAAAAGAGACUAUAGAGGAGUGCAUGGAGAUACGUCCUGCUGAUCCUGAACCUGAAGAUAAUGGAGUCUUAGAUUUGGCUGGAAUUGAUGAUAAUGAAAUAGAUUCAUAUAUUAUGUCUCAUAGAGAGAUAAAGCUAAAAACCGAAUUGUGGAUGAAAAAAAACAAAGAGUAUAUAGAAGAGAUGAAGAUUAAGCAGGAGAAGGAACAAAAAGAAGCUGAAGAGAGAGAAAAGGAAGGAAAACCACCAAAAAAGAAGAAAAACUACACCAAAAAGCCCAAAAGUAACACUCCUGCUAAUACAGCUGGAGAGGCAAUUGAGAAAAUGCUGAUGGAUAAAAAGAUAUCAAAUAAGAUUAAUUACGAUGUUCUCCGCAGUUUGAAUGGUGAUGGUGAAGAAGAAGAAGUUGAUAUUAAAGAAGAGAAACCAAACUCCAAAAUUUUAAAAGCAUCUCCUGUAGAAACUCCAAAAGGUAUUUCAUCCGUACUUGAAUCAUUAACAGGAAAGCGUCCUAGAAAUCCUAGCAGAGAGGAACAAGAUAAAACUCCAAAGAAGACAAUGCGUGAUGGGAAUAGUGAUUCUAUAAAGGUUAAACAAGAUGAAGAUGAUGAAGAAGAGGAGGAGGAGGAGGAGCAUGAGGAAGAUGACCCAGAAGAAGAGGAUGAGAGCAGCUUGUCCACAUUACAACUCCUACAGAGAAGGAGAGGAGAAUUCAAUGAAAAUGAUGAAUACUAUGAUGAUUAUUAUGAUUAAUUGUAAAUAGCUGUUUGAUACAAUUUGUAUGAGGAGCUUUAUGGUAAAUCCAGAUACCACGUGGAAUUUUAAGUACAAAUACUUUUAGGAAAAUAGUGUUUCUUUUCUUUGAAAUAGUUUGUUAUUUAUAGUAUUUCAGAUCUUAAUAUACUGUACAUUAAUAUUUCUUACAAUAAUUCCAUUAAUGGUUUUUAUUAUUAGGGCAGGAAUUAAGUUCCUUUUACACCAUCACAGUAUUGUACAAACUGCCACUGAAUUUUAGACACGGUAUACUGUAUCUGUAUAUAAAAAAGUUAAAUAUGUUCUAAGUUAUUUUCAUGUAUUUUAGGUAGACAAUUAUCAUUGUAAAUAAAUGUACCUUUUUUAUGUAUCUUAAUGUAUUUACUGUAUUUUGAUUAUUAAAAGUUCCGGUAAACAGAUUUAUCUUAAGAUUUAGAUAUAAGAGGUGGUUCUCAGUGGAUUAAAAGAAUCAAAUUAAUUCAGUGCUUUAGAAGUCCUAAUUGUUUGGGUUAAUAUACAUUGUCACCUUCUGUAAUUUCAUUUUGUUGUAUAAAAGUAAUAGCUAGACCCCAAGCAUUUAUUUGUGGAGUACAGUACUGUACAGUAUGGAGAUACUUAAAAUAUUCUGUUGUUAGAGAAAACCUCAUGGUAAAGUUGUGGCACAACUUUUUAAAUAUUCUGUUAGGAGAUUACCAUGUAGUGGUUUAUAGUUUAAUAGAUUUUUUAUCAGUGAACACCAUGUUGUUGCCUAAUAAACAGAAUUAAAAGCGA